CUGAAUGAUCAUGGAGCUCGUGCAGUGUUCCGACAGCAGACGCGCCACCCCGUCUCUCCGCUUCAGCGCACCGUCUACAGCCGCCGGAGCGGGCAGGUAGCCGGGCAGGGGAUCCAUUGGCAUGCCGUCUGAUGUGGAAUACAGCCCGGUGGGAGAGGGGCUGGGGAUGCGGGACUACUGGCUCUAUGUGUGGCUCCGGAGGGCGGCGGUGAUAGCUGCUCAUGUCACCGGCCUGGGCCUGACCCUCAUCAUCACCCUGCUGUCCAGACCCGGAACCAGUCUGUUUUCUUGGCAUCCAGUGUGUAUGUCAGUUGCAUACUGCCUCUGUAUGACAGAAGGAAUCCUCCUCUUCUCAGCUGAAGGAUCGCCCUUUUGCUUCAAGUCCCGGAAGGGUAAAGUGCGCCUGCACUGGUUCUGUCAGGCUCUGGUCCUGAUAGCGGCGGCCGCCGGCCUGGGCUUCAUGGUGGCCAGCAAGAACGUGUCGGAGCUCCCCCACCUGCUCAGCUGGCACAGCGUGCUGGGCGUGUGCACCCUGGGCGCCACCGCGCUGCAGGCGGCGUGCGGCCUCUGCGUGAUCUUCCCUCAGCUGCUGCGGCUGUCCUCCACCCCGCUCAGGCUGAAGCUGUACCACGCCACCUGUGGCCUGGUGGUCUACCUGCUGGCCACGGUGACCGUGGUGUCGGCCAUGUUCUCGGACUGGUUCCAGGCCACGGUGAAAGGGACAGCGUGGUGGGCCUUCCUCCUGCUGCCCCUGUUCCCCGCCCUGGUGGUGAUGAACCAGAUUACUAACUCCUACCUGCCCCGCAAGAAGAUCACCAGAUAGUAGGCACAUGGCACGUAGUUUAUAUCCACGACUUCCACUUCUGUCAG